UUCACCUCGUCCAGUAUUAUCGCAAAAAACAUUGCUAAAAAUAGUAAUGGAGUCACCCUACCUGACCCGAGCACAAAAAGUAUAGUUACGAGUUCAUCUACAAUCACACCACCCAAGACCAGCUCUGAAACAACAAUUACAAACCCUACUAUAGUCAUACUACCACACAAUAUCACAGAAACAACAGUCACGAAUACUACUGCAGUCAUCGUACCCAAAAUUAGCACGACAACUAUGGUUAAAAAUUUUACUGCAUUUACCCAGUCCAAUAAUACCACAAGUAAAAUCCUGAAAAACAUUACUGGAGUCACCCUACCCAACCCAACAACAAGAACUAUGGUUAAAAAAGUUACUGCAUUCACCCAGUCCAACAAUGCCACAAGUAAAAUCCUGAAAAACAUUACUGGAGUCACCCGUUCCAACCCAACAACAAGAACUAUGGUUAAAAAAAUUACUGCAUUCACCCAAUCCAACAAUACCACAAGUAAAAUCCUGAAAAACAUUACUGGAGUCACCAAACCCGACCCUACAACAAGAACCAUAAUUAUAAACUCAACUGCAAUCACACCACCUAAGAUUAGCUCCGAAACAGCAACAACAAUAAAUACUGCAGUCAUACUACCCCACAUCACAAAGACACUAGUCACAGAUUCUGCCGUAGCCACCGUAUCCCAAAGUAUCACCCAGCCUAUAAUUAAGAACAUCACUGCAUUCACCUUGUCCAGUAUUACCACAAAAAACACUGCUAAAAAUAGUAAUGGAGUCACCCUACUUAACCCGAGCACAAAAACUAUAGUUUUGAGUUCAUCUACAAUCACACCACCCAAGACCAGCUCUGAAACAACAAUUACAAAUGCUACUCUAGUCAUACUACCACACAAUAUCACAGAAACAGCAGUCAUGAAUACUACUGCAUUCACCUUACCCAAAAUUAGUACGACAACUAUAGUAAAAAAUUUUACUGCAUUCACCCAGUCCAACAAUAUCACAAGUAAAAUCCUGAAAAACAUUACUGGAGUCACCCUACCCGACCCUACAACAAAAACCAUAAUUAUAAACUCAACUACAAUUACACCACCUAAGACCACCUCAGAAACAGCAAUAAUAAUAAAUACUGCAGGCACACUACCCCACAUCACAGAAACACCAGUCACAGAUUCUGCUGUAGCCAACAUAUCCCAAAGUAACACCCAACCUAUAAUUAAGAACAUCACUGCAUUCACCUUGUCCAGUAUUACCACAAAUAACAUUGCUAAAAAUAGCAAUGGAGUCACUCUACGUAACCCGAGCGCAAAAACUAUAGUUACGAGUUCAUCUACAAUCACACCACCCAAGACCAACUCUGAAACAACAAUUACAAACCCUACUCUAAUCAUACUACCACACAAUACCACAGAAACAGCAGUCACGAAAACUACUGCAGUCACCGUACCCAAAAUUAGCACGACAACUAUGGUUAAAAAAUUUACUGCAUUCGCCCAGUCCAACAAUACCACAAGUAAAAUCCUGAAAAACAUUACUGGAGUCACCCUACCCGACCCUACAACAAGAACUGUAAUUAUAAACUCAACUGCAAUCACACCACCUAAGAGUAGCUCCGAAACAGCAACAACAAUAAACACUGCAGUCACACUACCCCACAUCACAAAAACACCAGUCACAGAUUCUGCUGUAGGCACCGUAUCCCAAAGUAAGACCCAACCUAUAAUUAGUAACAUCACUGCAUUCACCUCGUCCAGUAUUAUCGCAAAAAACAUUGCUAAAAAUAGUAAUGGAGUCACCCUACCUGACCCGAGCACAAAAAGUAUAGUUGCAAGUUCAUCUACAAUCACACCACCCAAGACCAGCUCUGAAACAACAAUUACAAACGCUACUCUAGUCAUACUACCACACAAUAUCACAGAAACAACAGUCACGAAUACUACUGCAGUCACCUUACCCAAAAUUAGCACGACAACUAUGGUUAAAAAAGUUACUGCAUUCACCCAGUCCAACAAUACCACAAGUAAAAUCCUGAAAAACAUUACUGGAGUCACCCUACCCAACCCAACAACAAGAACUAUGGUUAAAAAAGUUACUGCAUUCACCCAGUCCAACAAUGCCAUAAGGAAAAUCCUGAAAAAGAUUACUGGAGUCACCCGUCCCUACCCAACAACAAGAACUAUGGUUAAAAAAUUUACUGCAUUCACCCAGUCCAACAAUACCACAAGUAAAAUCCUGAAAAACAUUACUGGAGUCACCCUACCCGACCCUACAACAAGAACCGUAAUUAUAAACUCAACUGCAAUCACACCACGCCAGACCACAUCAGAAACAGCAACAACAAUAAAUACUGCAGUCACACUACCCCACAACAUCACAAAAACACCAGUCACAGAUUCUGCUGUAGCCACCAUUUCCCAAAGUGACACCCAACGUAUAAUUAAAAACAUCACUGCAUUCACCUUGCCCAAUAUUACCACAGAUAACAUUGCUAAAAAUAUUCCUGGAGUCACCCUACCUGACCAUACCACAAAAACUAUUGUUAUAAGCUCAUUUGGAAGCAGAUCACCCAAGACCAACUCAGCAACAACAAUUACAAAGAAUUCUGUACUCACACUACCCCAUAGUAUCACUGAAACGACAGUCUCAAAUAAUUCUGUAGUCUCUUUACCAAAAAGCACCACCCAACCUACAGUGAAAAACAUUACUACUUUAACAAAAUCCAAAGACAAUAUCACAGAAACAGCAGUCACAAAUACUACUGCAGUCACCUUAACCAAAAUUAGCACGACAAGUAUGAUUAAAAAAGUUACAGUAUUCACCCAGUCCAACGAUACCACAAGUAAAAUGGUGAAAAACACCCUACCCAACUCUACUAGAAGAACUGUAAUUAUAAACUCAACUGCAAUCACACCACCCAAGACCACUACAGACACAACAAUAACAAGAAAUACUGUAGUCACACUACCCCACAAUCUCACAAAAACACCACCCACAAAUGCUGUUGUAGCCACCUUACCCCAAAGUACUACCCAACGUAUGAUUAAAAACAUUACUGUAUUCACUCUGUCCAAUAAUGCCACAGACAAUAUAGCUAAAAAUAUUACUGGAGUCACCACACCCAACCCUACCAAAAAAACUGUAGUUAUGAGUUCAAGUGCAGUGACACCCCCCAAGACCAGCACAAAGACAACAAGUCCAAACACUACUGUAGUCACACUACUCCACAGUAUAACAGAAAGAGCAAUCAUAAAUACUGAGGUAGUUUCUUUACCCAAAAGUACCCCUCGACCCAUGGUUCAAAACAUUACGGCAUUCACCCAAUCCAAUUAUAUCACAGAAACUACAGGUAAAAAUAGUACUGCACUGAUGCUAUACAUGAAUGCCACAAAACGUGUCGUAUCUAAUUUCACUGCAAUCAGACCAUCUGAGAUCACCACCAAAGUGAUAAUAACAAGCAAUACUGCAAUCACACUACCUCACAAUAUCACAAAAACACCACUCACAAAUACUACGGUAGUCACUCUAUCCCAAAGUACCCCCCAAUCUAUGAUUAAAAACAUUACUGCAUUCACCUUGUCCAAUAAUGCCACAGACAAUAUGGUUAAAAAUAUCACUCGAGUCACCCUACCCAACCCUACCAAAAACACUACAGUUAUGAGUUCAAGUGCAACCACUCCACCCAAGACCAGCACAGAGACAACAAUCACAAACAAUACUUUUUUCAGACUACCCCACAAUAUCACAGAAACUGCAAUCUCAAAUUCAGCUGUCGUUUCUUUACGCCAACGUACCACCCAACCUAUGGUUAAAAACAUUACCACAUUCACCCUGUCCAAUACCACCACAGAUAGCAUGGGCAAAAAUAUUACUGGAAGCACAAUCCCACAGAAUGUCACAAAACCUACAGUUACAAAUUUCACUGCAAUCAUACGACCCAACCCUACCACAAAAACUACAGUCAUGAGCUCAACUGCAAUUACACCACCUAAGACCAGUACAGACAUAACUAUUACAAACACUACUGUAGUCGCACUAGCCCACAGUAACACAGAAAGAGCAGUCCCAAAUACUGUUGUAGUCUCCUUAUCAAAAGGAACCACCCAACAUAUGGUUAAAAAUAUUACUGUAUUGACCCUGUCCAAUAAUACUACUCACAAUAUUGUUAAAAAUACUACUGGAGUCACCCUACCCAACCUUACCACAAUAACCGUAGUUACGAGGUCACCUGCAAUCACACCACCCAAGACCAGCUCAGAGAAAACAAUUACAAACACUAUUGUCAUGCCAUCAAACGCUACCACAAAAACUAUAGUUAUAAACUCUUUUGCAAUCACACCACCCAAGAACAGCACAGAGACAACAAUUACAAGCACUAAUGUAGUCACACUACCCCUCACUAUCACAGAAUCAGCAGUCACAAAUACUGCUGUAGUCUCCUUACCCAGAUCAGUCACCCAAACUACAGUCACAAAUACUCCAUUCAGCUCAUCCUAUAAUGUCACUGAAACUACAGUUACAAACUUCUCAUUCACCCAGACAAAUACCAUGACAACAUCAACAACACAGCCUGGAGAAACAACUCCAUCUCCAACAGGUUUAACAAGAUCUGUGAUACUACAGUUCAAACUUAAUGAAACAUUCACAGCUGACCAUUUGAAUUCAUCUUCACUGAAGUACCAAAACCUUGAGAGAAGGAUUACACGUGAAGUGGACAAAUUAUAUUCACUGCAUUUUCCCACAAUCUACAUCAAAUCAAGUGUUAAAAGUUUCAGAAACGGCUCAAUAGUAACGCACAUGGACCUCGUCUUCAGAGCCAGCAAGGAGGCAGUGGUCAGUGAAGCAGCUGUCCCGAGGCUUCUGCUGACGGCCUUGGCCAACAACACUGUUAAUCUUAGCGUCAUCCCGGAUUCUGUACAGACGAUGGAGAAGAUCUCAGUUUCCCUCUGUCUCGUUCUCUCCUAUACAUCUGUUUUGGAUACAAAAUCCUCAUCAUACAAAUGGAUUAGCACUGAACUAUACAAAUGGCUUGAAGCGGUAUUCUAUGAACUGGUUAUGACUCAGAGUACGCAGUCAAACAUGACAUUAUGGAAUGAAGAUGGAUGGGUGGGUGUGUUUAUGGAAUUUCAUUACAACACAAGUUUUCUUAUAAGCAGUGAUGUUCUGAUUGCCGCUGUCCUGAAGUCCAGGAGCCCUUUUCUAUAUAUAAAGCACACACUUUCAGUAAAUGGUGUUGAGGCGCAGGUUGAUUACUUCAACCUGUCUAUGAGGAUAACCAGUCUGACUUUCACAGAGGAUCUUUCUGACCGAGGAUCUGACCUCUUUCUUGUUUACAGCUCUUACAUACGUGUCUCUGUGAGAAAGCUCUACAAAGACAUUGAAGGAUUUAUCGAUAUCUAUGUUACCAACAUGACCGCUGGGUCAGUAGCGGUAAAGAUGGCUGUGGAUUUUCAGAAGGGAAGAAUUUCUUUGCCCUUGGUUUUACAGGUUCUCCAGUUGGGUUUGUCCCAGCUGCAGAUGGACGGCCUCACAGUGGACCCAGACUCCUUGAACCUUGGUACUGAAUAUAUGCAGGGCGAAUGUCACUAGUAUAGUUAGCAGCGUAGAAUUUUGCUAACACCUCUUCCAU